AUGAGUCCACUGGUUGUAACCCCUCUGCCCAAUCAAUUAAUCAAGCAAUUGCAAACGUCCACCAACAAGACGAAUGAUACAUUAUUGGAGAUAUUGAGCAUAGUAAGAACAUUGAAAGUUCAAACUACUGCAACAAGUACUACAAACACCAAGUCAUCCUCGUCUUCAUUGGCAUCCAUCACUCGAGGGCUAUACACUAAAAAUAAUAAACUAUUGACAUUGAUAAAUAACCAACUCAUCAACCUAGAAUCAAUCGAACAAAACGAUCAAUUGCAAUCAUUCAAAAACUUUUUAAAUCAAGUCAUAAUAUGGUACAAUGAAGAGGACGUAUAUUUGCUCUAUCAAAAAUAUAGCACCCUCAUCUCCCUUGUCUUGGUAGAUUCACUCGACAAGAUCAAAUCCAAAAUAUCCGCCAAAUUAAUGGAGCCAGUACAAAACACAGAUAACUUAAUCAGCUUUAUUAAACAAUGCGCCACAUACAUCCGCAACCCAUUCAUCCUAGAAAAAUUAAACACCAUUUCACACCAAUUGGAACUUAUAAACACAAACUUUGCAAACAACAACAAAGACAAACAAUUAAGCAGCAUCCAAUUUGACAAGGUUCGCUCGUUUAAUGCUUCUUCUUCAACAAAACUUAAAGGCAAUGAUUUGGUUUCCAGCUAUUUCUCAAUCAAUCAAAUUGUGCAUAGAACUUGCAAUGCCCAAAUCACACUAAAUAAGGAACCCGUUGAGUUGGUUUUACUAGAUUUGAUUGGAAAUGGUAAUAAUAAUAAUAAUACCACAAACAAUGAAAACUAUAAUGCUUUGGCAAUUUUGAAGAUUGAAAAAAUUAUGGCAAGAAACACCAAUAUUAAUUCAACCAGGUAUUUACUAUAUCCACCAUUCAGGGUCAAUGAACUAUCCAUAUCGCAUUCAGAUAACUAUAUACAUUUGAAAAGCAUCGACUUUCUGUCUUUGAAUGCAGAAACUGGCAUGAUGAGGUUGGAUUUUGAAAAUAGUCAACUUUGCAAUAGAUGGGCAUAUUACUUGUCCCACAUUUGUCCAUUGGAAAUUAAUAAGACCUUGGACAAAAACAAGCAAUUCCUUUUGAGCUCAUCCUCGGAUGAAGCAAUAAACAGCAAAUUGGCAAUCACCAGAGGAAAUGGCAAAAACAAUGAAAAUGGAGAAGAAAAAAGACGAGGACAAGGACAUGAAAAUGAAAAUGAAAUUGGAAAUGAAUACCAAAUGAGUGGACUAGGCAUCAAUCUCGUGUCGGAUCUAGAACACAAAAAACUUAUGUCAUCUGAAGAAACUAUUGUUUUGCAAACACCGGUGAGAUCCACAUUCAAAGAAUUGAUCUCAUCACCGUCAAUUAGCUCAAAGAAACCCCCUACUGCUCAAAAACCACAGAACCAAGUUUUACUAGAGGAAAAUGUAAAUGGAAAAAUAAAGGCAAGCAAAUCACACAUAAAGAACAAUGCAGAAGAUUCGUUGAGGUCACAAUACAGACAAUCUCUUGAUCUAAUCAGAAAAACAAUUAGCGAUUACCCAACACCAUGUAUACCAUACGAAGGGGAGAGGAAUGAAAAUAAGAUGAAUGCACUCCAUGCACAAGAAGGUGAAGGUGAAGAAAGAAAUGAAGAAGAUGAAGUUGACAUUAUCGAAGACGACGAAGGAGAAGAAAAGGAGGAAGAUGAUGAAAGGUUGUUCCAUAUCGUCAACCGUCGCAAACUUUCCGAUGAUCUGACAGGAUCAAGACCUGUUUCGUACCAGGCUGAAGUUGUAAAAUGUGAAGUUUCACCUGAAAGUCAUCAAUCAAUCACGUCUGCGCCGGAUUCUAUCAAGGAAAAUGAGAUCAAGGUACCAAACCUUCUGAUACCAGCAACGACCUAUAAAGGAAGAUUCGCAGACUCUGUUCCUGAUUUGUCUUUAAAGAAACCAAACACAAAGAAAAUAUUUGAACUAUCUAAUGGCUCGGCUAUUGAUAUUGCACACUUUGGUCAAAGCCAUACUCCUGAGUUUGCCAGACCAGGGUUACCCUCGUUUCAGAGCACUGAGUCUCAUAUGAAAUUGAAACAGAAGCCUAGGAAAAGGUCUAUUUUUAGCAUCUUCAAAAAAGGUGAUGCUGGGUCUGCUCCAACUUCUAUUUCAGCUUCUAUUCCCGCUGCAACAACUACAACAAUUAAUACUACUACAACUUCUUCUUCUUCUUCUUCUUCUGCUUCGGCAUUUUUAACUGAACUUACACCAAGAGAAGAACUGGAGGGUAUUGAAGAUGGCGCACAAACCGAAACACGGGUAGAAUCACAGAACACCAAAGAAUGUUCAACUGACGCUUCAGGUGAUGUUUCAAGUACACAGAUUGAAAGAACAAGUAAAGAAAACGACGAAUCAAUGACGAGAUCCAAUUCUGAUUUGGUCUCUUCGGCAACUCGUCAAGAGCGUGUGUCUAAACUACCCGGACCAUUUGCAUUACCAUCUUCGACAUCUAUGCAAUUCUUCAAGCCCCAUUUGAACGGAUCAGCCAUUAGCAUUCAACAAAACUCUGGUACCAACGGAAAUGUUAACGGUACUACAAAUGCCAAUGGUAUAGGAGCUGGUGCUUCAUUAUCACCAGAAAAAGCAUUGGAGAUUCCUCAAGACCUCAAAGAUGAAAUCAAUCUUGAAUCUACCGAGGAUUUCUAUAUAUCACAAUCUAGUCCCAGAUCGAUGAAAAUCUCGAAAUGGAAAGCCAAGUACGGCAAAUGGGAGAUGUUGACUACAGCUGAAUCUAUUUUCGUCAAAAUUGUUCUCGAUAGCAACACAUACAAAUGUUGGUUCAUUGUGUUUAAGGAAGAGUUUGAUCAAAAUGAGAAUGAAACCAUUGACGUUCCGGUGUUGCUUCUUGACCUCAAUUCGUCGUUUACAAAAGCACGUUCCUCUUCGGCUCUUGAUAUGCAGUUGACCUCGAUCAACUCCAUCACCGGUGAGAGGAUGCUCAUUAUGAUUAGAUGUACAUCUGGCUCCCUUAUCAAUGAGAUGUUAUCCAACUUGGAAGCUGCGCUUGUGAAAACAACAAAACCAACACGAGCAUUUGGCUCAUUGCAUAACUUGCUGCAAGCCUCACUUCAAGGCUCGCAUGGAUUGACCUCAAACAAUACCUUAUCGUCAUCAAUAAUGGAUCGCAAUCCUAGUAAAUCCUCGACAUUCACUAGCCUCAGCUCAAUCAACUCUAGCUGUGCUGGCAAGACUUUGCUGCAAAAGCACUCAAUUAACACCUACGAAGUGUACAAUUCUUGUGUCAUGAAUAAUCCUUCUUCUACCAGGCACAGGGAGUUGGAGACUACAAUCAGAUUGCAAAAACAAUUGAAUUCCUUUUCCGACAUUAACAAUCCAUCAUCAUGGAAAAUCUUGUCGAUGUGUGACUUAUCCAUUGAUAAAGUAAAUGAUCCAUUGACUCAUGUGGUACAUUAUCACAUACAGCUAUCAAGUAAUGAAGAUAUCGAAAAUAACGAGAAACAACCUAGCCAAUAUAGCUGGUUAAUUUCGGAUGAGAACAAAUCUCAAAUAGUCCUGAAGAUUGGUAGAGCAGGGCUCUUGGUCAAGGUUAGCGAAGAUGAGAUAUACAUGCUUGAGUGUAAAGGCAAGAAGGAAUUUAAGAGACUCUAUGAGAUUUUUUGA